AUGAAAAGUUGGAAUCUGUACAGGAACACAAGUCCAAAGAAUUAUUUCAAUAAAAACAAUAAUUACAGCCUCAAUGUUAACAACAGUAAUCUACCGGAGAAAUAUUUUGUGAAAUACAGAUUUAGGAAUUUUGACUAUUCUCCUGUAGAUCACGGUGAAGAUCAUGUAGCAACAGUUCGUAUAUUGAAUCGACAUUUAACUAGGAAUGAAUAUGUGGAAGCAGAUCAGUUGCACAUUGAAACAGAUGUUUGUUCAGCUGACGUAACUGACAAUUUGACAGGACAGUUUAUCACGCCUGUGAGUGAAGUGAUCAUAUCAGAUGAAUCUGACGAUGAGUUGGAUCACAAUUCACGCUUAGAUGCAAGACAUCGAAUAUGCGAAGAGUAUUUACAAUGUUUAGAAAAGAGAUAUUCAGUAAAAUGA